UCACGCCGCCCCGCCCAGCCAUGCCGCGAGGGUUCCUCGUCAAGCGCAGCCGGCGCCCCGGCGGCUCCUACCGGGCGCGCCCGCGGGAGCGGGACCCAGACCGGGAGCCGCCACCUGCCCCGCCGCCCCUUCUGCCGCCCACCGCCGGGGGCAGCCCCGCCGCCAGGCCUGGGGCGGAGGAGCAGGAGGAGGGCGAGGAGGAGGAAGGCGCUACCGCCGCCGCGUACCCCUCGACGUGGCCCCCCGGCGGUGGCGGCAGCCCUGGUCUGGCCCCGCCAGAGGGACCGGCUGCCUGGGGCACGGCUGGGCCCUGCAGCGCCGCAGGGCCGCGGGCAGCUCUCUUCGAGCGGUGCCUCAGCUCCCCCGCCUCCGCCGAGUCCUUCCCCCUGGCCGCCUCCUUCCCGCCUACCGAGAAGCUGCUGCUGCAGCCCCGCACGCCUCUGCCCGUCCCGCCGCCGCCGCCGCCGGUGCCCGCGAUGAAGCGGCCGUCUCGGGCCAAGGCGCCGGCCAAGAAGGCCAAGGCCACGCGAAAGCUGAGCUUCGCCGACGAGGUGACCACUUCGCCCGUGCUGGGGCUGCGCAUCAAGGAGGAGGGUCCCGAGGGCAGGCCGGGGCCGCCGACGGGGCGGACGCCGCUGGGCGAGUUCAUCUGCCAGCUGUGCAAGGAGCAGUACGCGGACCCGCUGGCGCUGGCCCAGCACCGCUGCUCCCGCAUCGUGCGCGUCGAGUACCGCUGCCCCGAGUGCCACAAGAUCUUCAGCUGUCCCGCCAACCUGGCCUCGCACCGCCGCUGGCACAAGCCGCGGCCCGGCCCCAGCUCCGACGGCCCCUCCGCCGCCGCCGCCCCGCCGGGCAAGGAGAACAGCCCCGAGCGACGGUCCCGCGGCCCCGCCGCGCCCUCGCCACAGCCGCCGCCGCCGCCGCCGCCCCGUCAGCACCGCGGCGGCGCGGACAGCGCCAGCGGCGCCCAGGUUCCCCCCGGCCCCGCUUCCGGCCCCGUCGGGGAGGUGUUCGCCUGCCCCUGCUGCCAGAAGCGGUUCCGGCGCCAGGCCUACCUCCGCAAGCACCUGGGCACCCACGGGCCGUCGCGGCCCGCCGCCUACGGCCCGCCGGGGCGCGGCCAGGUUGCCUUCGCUUGCCACCUCUGCGGCGCCCGCUUCCCCUCGGCGGAUAUCAGGGACAAGCACCGGCUAUGGCACGCCGUCCGGGAGGAGCUGCUGCUGCCGCCGCCGCCGGCAGGGUCCCCCGAGGGCGGCGCGGUGGGCGGUGAGCGACAGGGCUUCCCCUGCAAGCACUGCCCCGCCACCUUCUUCAGCGCGCCCGGGCUGGCGCGACACGCGAGCAAGUGCCACCCGCCGGAGAGCAGGCAGGUCCUGCUGCUCCAGGUGCCCGUCCGUCCGGGCUGCUAGGAAUGGGGCUGCUCCGGGAGCCCGGGCGGGCCGAGCGAGUCCUGUCCACGCUGUAAUUCCUAUGGAAAGUCACGGCUACGCCGGCCGAGGGGCCACCCAAGGGCUCCUCUCUGCCCUCCCCGGUUGGCGGGUACCGGAGUUCGGCCCCGCGGCAGGAGGCUGAUCCGACAGGCGGCACUGCCGGGGCGGGCGGCAGCGCCCGUGCCGAGCCGCACAGAGGUGGUGGGAGCGCAGCGGGGUCCGUGGGACGCCGGGCAGCCGCAGGGGGGGGGACUGGCGGUGUGGGCACGAACCAGGGCUGGCGGCAGCACGCAGGGGAGCCUGGCCCUGGGAGGCCGGCCAUGCGGGGAGCCAGGCGUCAACUCACUGCGAGUACAUCUUACGUAGCUACCCCUCGGAUAGAAGUUCAGCUGUAUAUAUGGUAUUUAAAGAGAGGAAUUAUUUUUCGUGAGAAAAGGAGCCUAAUCUAGUGACCUUGUUUUAAUAGCCUUAGCCCCUGAGCUUCAGCAUUUAAGUUACUGUGAGGUGUUUUGUUUGCUGUACUCUGUACUAAGAUAGUUGAGAAGGUAAAUGUUCAUAUUAAGUCAAUGUCAAUGUCAAGUCAUACAAUAGCUAGCAAAACGUAUGGAAAAUGAAUUGUGCUGUCUGCUUAAUUAAAGUACGAGGCGUCAAUUUCUAUAGCUAAGUGCACAUCUCCCGCUUGCUCUGUGUUCCUGUGCUCUAGCUAGCGACCGUGUGGUAGGCAAAUGCACAUCGCCGGUAGCUGCCCGUUUCAAAACCUGCUGUCAGUGGCUUGUCAGUGCGACACUUACAAUGGCACAAGGCACAGUUGGGUCUCACCAGG